AUGACAGAGAUCUUCAAAGCCAACGUGAAGAGUUCGAAGUUAAUCGAUGAGAUAAAUUCGACCAACACAAUAUCGGCCGAAUUGUCUCAAGUAUUAUCUGAUUUGAAUCAAUUUACGAACAACUACUUGACAAACCACUUGCUCCCCACUAUCGAUGAGUUAACUAAUACUUACAAGCAAGAUAAGAAUUUAAGAAUUUUACAGAAUUGUUUCCAGCAGCUAUGUUACUUUUUAGGGGUUGAUAAGAAUUGUACUAAUUUGUUGAUUAAUUACAACCAAUUGAUAUCUAUCGCAACUCAAUUAGAGAAAUUAUCACCACCCGAGGAAAUUGGUAUUAAAGAUGCAAAGUACACAGAAAUUGUCAAUUCCUUGAAUAAUUUGAUUAAUAUUUAUUUGGUUUUGAUAAUUUAUUCCAAGAAAUCGAACUCCUUGAUCUACAACACAAUUCAUUAUAAAAGCCAAUUAAAUUAUUGGAAUGAUUUGAAUAAUUCGUCAUUGAAUAAGUUGAUUUACUUUAUUCAGAUUUCACCAAUUAAAUUAUACGAAUUAGGACAGAUUAUUUUGGCUAAUUUUAAAGAGAUAUUUCAAACGUCAAUGGAACAGGAUUUGGUCAGCAAUGCUAAGCUUUUCAUCAACUCAAGUCAAAAGACUAUUCUCAAAUUGUUGAACAAGGCUCCAACAUUCUCGAUGUACCAAAUGAAUACAACUAGAUUGAGCCAAUUCAAUUUCAUUUAUCAAACUCCCAUUAAUAUUAUCAACAGAGAAAUACAAAGCAAAAUUGAUCAUUUAAAUUCUAAAAUCACGCGUAACUGUGAAGCUUUGGGUGAAAUGAUUAAUAGCUUACCUAAAGAAAUUCCCGAGAAUAUUGGGGAUGAUUUCAAGAAUUUAUCAAUAUAUGAACACUUGGAAAAAUUGGACAAUAAGCCAUCAGACACGAUUAACAGUAGAAUAUUGAAAUUACUUAAAGAAAAGUCUGUCGCAGAGAAUACGAAACCUUCAAGAUUGGUUCGCUAUUGGCCACUAAUAUUAGCAGUUUUAAGGUACGGACCUUCCAGCUCAAUAAAUUUAUAUCAGAACCGUUACGAAAUUGCUAAGUGGAUAAAAUUUAAUCUUGUUGAUACCGUUAUAGGAUUUGGAAAAAAUUGGGUGAUAAAACCUAUUAACGAUAUGCUAAGCAUUUUGAGACAUGAUGACAAUUUUAACGAACUAAGCAUCAUCAGUAAGGACUCGUUACAAUCAGAUUUAGAUUCGUUGGAAAGAAUGGUCAUCGACUACGUUGUUGAUUACGAUAAGGUAGACAAAGCAGAAAUCACGAAGCAGAUCCACGAAGCUAUCCAAGAAGGAAACUUGACCAUGUUAAUGUCAAACUACGAGCAGGAUAUACGUAAUCCGUUCAAGUCUUUGGCCAAGGGAUCGUUGGUAAGAGGCCUCUUGAUUCAAUUACAAAAGACUAAGGUCGAUGGAGGCGUUGCCGUAAGUGGAAUCGACAAGAUGUUGAAGUCACAACAAUUGGUGUUCGGAGUGGUAGCCAUCAGUCCUUCCAUAUUAAUCCUCUACCAAGCAUACCAAUUCAUGAUCAAAAAGUCCGCCAAACCUAUCAUGAUCAACGGCAAGCAAUUGAACAUCAUAUGCUUGAAAUCAUUAAACAGAAUUGAAAAACUCAUUAGUCACCCUCAAGAUAAUCUAAAAAUGGGUGAGUUAUUCAUCGAAGUGAUCAAUUUGCAGCUACACUCCAGCAUGAUUAUUCCAUCCCAAAUAAAAGCAGAAUGGAUUCAGGACCUUAACGAGCUCAACAAGGUCAAUGUCACCAAGGAGAUGAAGUUAGCAAUUAUCUCCAGAAUAUGGAACAUGUAUAGCUAUUAUUUUAGAUAA